AUGGUUGGAACAAGGCAAAGAGACUUUUGUAGAUGGAAAGCUCCUGCAAUUGGUCAGAUGAAAGCAAAUUGGGAUGCAGUAUUAAAGUUAGAAGAAGGGAGAAUGGGAGUAGGUGUAGUGAUAAGGAAUGAGAAUGGGGACCUUAUGGUAUCUAUGUGUUCUCAAAAGCAUAAUGUAUGCAGUCCUUUGGUAGCUGAGCUUCAAGCAUUAUGGUGUGCCUUGCAGAUUUGUACAGAUCUUAAUUUGACAGAGGUAGUUUUUGAAAGAGAUGCAUUGAAUGUAGUUAAGACUAUUAAUAAUCCUGAGAUUAAUUGGGAAUGGCAUGGUCAACUAGUUGAAGAUGUCAAGGAUAUAUUAAAGAACAGACCAACGUGGAAGGUUAUACAUACAUAG